AUGGAGGCAUACCCAAAGCCCCGCCACCAAUACAUCUACAACCCUCGUUACGGCCAACGCGGUUUCCUCUCCUAUGCCGGCCAAGCCGCAAACGGCGCCGCGCCCACCGGCGUCAUAGGCGGCGGCUAUGGCUACGGUGUUGGAAUGGGUGUCGGAUACGGGGUGGCCGCCUACCAACCUGCGGUAUACAACGCCCGUCCCUUGUACCCUCAAACCUACGCCACCAACUACUUUCCCCAAAAUUACUAUGCCUCCAAUUAUUCUUACCCUUCCUAUGGCGGUGGCUAUGGCUACUACAACUACAACUUGUAUGGUUCGCUGUACCCACUUGCUAACUUCUAUUACCCCUACCAGAGGACCUACUACAACACUGUGCCUAGCUACGGCUACUCGGCGCACGUCUAUCCACCCGGACCAAGUACAACUACCACAACAUACCAUGUGACGAACAGUCAACCACAAGGACCGCAAGGCUUCUCAGGCCCAAGGACGGUCAGAGAGACAAGGCCAGCAUACGUUCACGGCCACACACAGCAAGGUCCCACGCGUGAAGACAUCCAGAUGGAGAAUCGGAGGAUCGCGACUGAGCGUGGUUCGUACGACCCGCGCAAGAUUAGGCCAGCAGAUGCACGCGACGACGAUCCUUUCUGGUGUCGCGAGCUCAACGGCGAGUGGCAUCUCAGGUCCUACUACCAGAUUGAGAACGAGUGUCAUCCUGGCCGAUGGAUGAUGGAUGCUGACGUUGGCUUCCUCGUCUUCCACCGCGCAUGA